AUGAAGACAUCAAGUUUCUUCAGUGGUGUGAUCGGGGCUGCAUUUUGCAGUUUCCGAGCCAUUGUAGCCCAAGAUUUUGCCACGCACGGGAUUUACACAGAACCCAACACGAACAUCACUUUCUUCGUCAGUUCAGAAGCCAAUGGCACGAUAACAGGAGAUGGCGAAUUUUCUACCGUUUCCUGGGGAGGCUUUACCUUCGGCAUGGCACUACCACCAACUGCAGGGAAAGUGGACACUCAUGAGUAUAUUGGUCUCAUUAUUGGUUCUACUCCCACUGGAAAAGGAGGCUGGACUGGUAUUGUUCACGGCGAUUCCCAGUCAGCCGCAAUGCCAAAUCAUCUUAUGCUUCUCGCAUGGCCAACUGGGGUCGAUAAUCAAAUUGCCACAUCUUUCCGCUAUGCUCCCGCCUACCAACCACCUACAGCCUACAAAGGAAGUGCAAACCUCACGCAAAUCUAUUCCAGCGUCAAUGCAUCGAAUUGGGUUCUUAUUUACCGAUGCCAGAAUUGCUUCAUCUUUGAUGAUCCAUCACAAACGUCUUUCAAUACAUCAACGAGUAAAGCAGCACAGUUUAUGCAAGGGUGGGCUCAGUCUUUUGUCGCACCGGUUGAUCCAAAGAAUCCUCAAUCGAACUUUGACCAGCACAACAAUGGAAUGGGCGAAUUUGCUAUUCAGGUUGCUUCUGCUACCCACGUUUCGUACUCUGCGUGGGCCACCAAGACUGCCACAGGAGUAAUCGCAACCGGAACUGCUACCGCCACUGCAACCUUCACACCCAUCCCAGUCCCAACUCAGACCACCUAUGAUUACAUCGUAGUCGGUGCCGGAGCAGGAGGCAUCCCCAUGGCCGACAAGCUCUCCGCAGCCGGAAAAUCAGUCCUGCUCAUCGAAAAGGGAGUUGCAUCGUCAGCACGAUGGGGCGGAACCAUCCGAUCCGAAAGCCAUUGGAUGGAUGGUCAGAAUCUGACCUGGUUCGAUAUCCCAGGAGAGUGUAACAGGAUCUGGAACGGUGGCACUGCUGGAGUUGCGUGCACUGAUAUCGAUCAGAUGGCUGGUUGUAUUCUGGGAGGUGGAACUGCGGUGAAUGCUGGUCUUUGGUGGAAGCCGAAUCCGUCGGAUUGGGAUGUUAAUUUCCCUGCUGGGUGGAAGUCAUCGGAUAUGGCUGCGGCAACGUCAAGGGUAUUCUCACGUAUUCCUGGAACAGAUCAUCCUUCAAUGGACGGCGUUCGAUACCUACAAGAUGGCUUCAACAUAAUUACCGGCGGCCUCGAAGCCGCAAACUGGACCAGCGUUACAGCAAACGACCAUCCAGCAUCGAAAAAUCGCACGUUUUGCCACCCACCCCACAUGUUCUCUCACGGCGAGCGAGGAGGCCCUAUGGCCACUUACCUUGUAUCAGCCAUGAAUCGCAGGAACUUCCACCUAUGGCUCAACACCAGCGUCGAGAAGAUCAAUCGCGUGGGAGGCCAUGCUAAUAGCUUGAAUGUCAUUCCCACAAAUGAUGGCGGCCGUCUGGGAACAGUGAGCUUGACACCGGGUACUGGGCGUCUUGUUCUGUCCGCUGGAACGUUCGGGACACCAAAGCUGCUAUUUAGAAGUGGUAUCGGACCAGCAGAUCAGCUGCAGGUUGUCCAAGGGAGCGUGGAAGGAGCGGCAAUGAUCAAUCAGACGGAAUGGAUUCACCUUCCAGUCGGUUAUAAUUUGAACGAUCAUCUGAAUACAGAUACAGUCGUGUCUCACCCCAAUGUCAGUUACUACGACUGGCCAGCAUCGUGGCUCACACCGAUCGAAGCAGACAAAGAGAACUACUUCGUCAACCGCAGCGGACCACUUGCCCAAGCCGCACCAAAUAUCGGUCCCAUCAUGUGGGAAGAGAUCAAAGGGCCCGACGGAAUCGUCCGUCACAUGCAAUGGCAAGCCCGAGUCGAAGGCUCGAACGGCAUCCCCAACGGCAACUCGAUGACUCUCUCCCUCUACCUUGGAAGAGGCGAAGUUUCAAGAGGGAGAAUUGCAAUCCAGAAGGGCUUGAAUAUGAUUGUUGAUACCAUCCCCUAUGGUGAUCCGAAUGAUCUUGCGACGGUGGGCAUGGCGAUUGAUAAUAUGGUCAAUAACCUCAAGACUAUUCCUAACAUCACUUGGAACCUCCCACCACCAGGCAUGUCCGGCGCCGACUACCUCAAGACCAUCCCACUCACCUACGCCAACGUCGGCGCCCGCCGCGCAAACCACUGGAUGGGCACCUCCAAAAUGGGCACCGACUCGGGACUCGUCGGCAACGGCACCGCAGUCGUAGACACCAACUGCAAGGUGUACGGCACCGACAACAUCUUCGUUUCCGAUGGAUCGAUCUUCCCGGGUCAGGUUACUACCAAUCCCAGCGCGCUUAUCGUCACGGCUGCUGAACACGCGUCGUAUUUGAUUCUGGCUUUACCAGUUACGCAGGGUGGUGGUCAUCAUAAUGGAGGACGCUCGGAUUGAAAGGAGGUGUAACACGGUACUGUAC